UGCACAUCGGAGAUAUGCAUACCCUCUACAACGCUUUGGCAGCAGAGCAACGCAACAAGGCCACACAGCGACUCCGUCAUCAUCAAACCGUUUGCCAAUCCUGUCUGCCUGUGCCGGACAGGUGCAAGCCUAUAUUCACCCUCCUCUUUAUUGUUCUUAUCAUGUUUAACGCGCCCCGGCCUGCCCAACGAUAUAACACGACCUCUAACGGGUUCGGAGGGAGCUUUGUGGACAACCCGCUUGCUAAUUCCGUCUACGAUGACGGCCUUGACCCUUGGAGUGCUGCCCCGAGCCCGACACCGACGCCUGCCCCUCAGGCUGCCCCGAAUUCUGUAUUCAGCGCGGUCAUAGGCGACGCGACUGUACCAUCCAUUUAUCAUCGCUCGUAUGCCGCUGUCGACCCGUCCAAUACAGGAGAGACCUCAGUCAACGCUUUAUCUCGCGUGCUCAGCACCUCCGGACUUCCGGCGAGUACUAUUGAUAGGGUUGUGAACCUCGUCAGCUCUCGUCCGCGGGUGUCCAAACUUGAAUUCUUCGUUGCUCUGGCACUUGUUGCGUUGGCACAGUCCGGGAAGGGUGUGAGCAUCGAACAAGUUGCCGCGCUUUCCUCCCAGAAUACCUUGCCGGAACCGACACUCGACCUUGAUCGACUUCAGCCGUCCGGCUCUACGAUACCUCCUCCCACUUCUUCUCUAAGGAAGAACAGUACUCCGAGCGUUCGGCAGCCCCUUCCAGCUUAUUCUUCUGACGAUCCAUGGAACACCAACCCUCGGUAUCCCACCAACCCAGGUGUCUUUGCGGACCUCCCUGCUACGCUGUCGACUGGAACUUCCAACACACUCGGAACUGGCCUGCCACCUGAGUGGUGGAAGAAGCAGGAGAAUAUCAGGGUCACCAUUCUCGGGCAGCAGGGGUUCAUCCUCAACAGAUAUACGGUUUAUGAGGUCACAUCUGAUGGGAGAGGAAACGCCGUGACUCGCCGAUACUCAGAGUUCGUCAUGUUGUGGGAUAUUCUUUUUCGUCGCUAUCCGUUCCGCCUUUUCCCUGCACUCCCGCCCAAGCGCGUCGGAGGCGAUGAGCAAUUCUUGGAACAAAGAAGGCGUGGUUUGGCAAGAGCCCUCAGUUCGGUUGUGAACCAUCCUGUUAUGAAAGACGAUGGGGCUAUGUUCGCGUUCUUGAGUGAACCGUCUUUCGAAGCGUGGAGAAAGCAGUCCUCCAUAUCUUUGGACGAAGAAUCUGCCUCGAAGCGCGUUGAUAGGGCUGAAGAGAUGUCUAUUCCCAGUGAUUUGGAAGAAAAGCUCGCGGCUGUUCGAGGAAAGGUUGUCCCCCUGAUAGAGCAGUGGCAACGAAUAUGCAUCCUCGCGGAGCGGAUAAUCAAGAGAAAAGAAGCAGCUGCGGUACGAGUGCCUCCAGCUCUACGUCGAGCCUUUCUGCCGACUCACUUCACCUUGCCCGUUCUUUCUCCCUCGACAACGACGUCUUCGCCUGGCUCGCCCCAAUCAAUGACCGGAUCGCUGACUCAAUCUUUCUUGGGCUUCAAUAUUCCGGCGUUCGCUGAUGCCCAGGGCGAUCUGGCCAGGUUGACCAACACUCUACGGGCGGUCGUUGAAGUGAACGAAACAUGUUGGAGGGGUGAUGACUGUGAGUUGUCAAAUGGAGUUCGUUCUGGGCUUGAACAAGUCGCCGCCCACACUCAGCGAUAUUCAGAGAUAUCGGAGAUCAGAGCACGAGGGCUUCUAGACACCACAUUGGAGGCACUGAAAGCUCAACGCGACCUUUACCUUGCCACUCGAGACUUGUUCAUCAGACACGAUAGGCUGUCCCUUGACCAGGUAGAGCGAUUGAAGAAGAGAGUUGAAACAAACUCCCUGAAGCUCGAAGGCGCAAGAGUGGCGCAAAAGGAGAACUGGCAGGAAGAAGUGGACCGGCUGACAGCCCUAAUCGAGAAGGACCAAGCGACAAUCGCCGCACAGCUCAGUCGUCGUGUGUUUAUUCGCGCUUGGAUGUGGCACGAGCUGCGCGUCGUGUUGCACAACCGGGAGAACGCUUUGCUGACCCAAGCCAUUCAAGGCUUCGCCAGAGAAGAGCACGUAUACGCAGAGAAUGUGGCCAAUAAUUGGGAGUCCCUCUCUGAAGCGGUCGAGGGCAUGCCUUUUGAGUGAG